AUGCGCAUUUAUCCACCUCUGAUGAUCCCUGGUGAAGUCGGAUGCACGGCGCAUCCUUCAGGAAUUGGUCGACACCCAGGGAAUUUUAAAGCUUUAAUCUUUACGUUGUUACUGCGUGCUGAAUUUUCUAUAAAUGUUCGGUCACCCAAGCUUGAGAAGCAUCAGUCAAUUCGAGGCCAAGGUGUAUUUCCAAUGGAGUUGGAAGAGAGUAAAGAGAAGGCAUUAUUAUUUUGGUUCAAUACAUAUGGUACAUCAAUCAGCCUAGGGAUUGUCAAUUCGUUGAGCUCAUUAUGGUCUGAUCAUUUGCCAUCGCUCUUAAAUUGCUUACAUACGGACAAUAAUACGAGGAUCACUGCUUCAAAUGCUCUGUCCUCGUACGAAGAUUUACUUUCUCACUUUAUCAAGGCGAGUGUAAAGGACGAAAUCAUUGCCUCACUCUCAGUGGAGAAAGCAGCUGCUGGAAACGGCUUAGAGAUUGCAAAGUUCCUAGCUGUGUUACUCAAUGAAUUUCGCAUCUCAAAGCCAGAUGUUAUCACCGAAAGUGUUGCCGUUAUGCAUAGGGAUGGUCACGAUGUUCCACUGAGAGAAAUUUUGAAUGCAUUCGAUGAGGAAGAAAAUGACUGGUGGUCAGUGAUGAUUAAACGUUCUGACGCCGAAGUCAGAAUGUGCAAUCCACAAUGUGCUACUCCACGUCGGUCCAGUUUAUCAGUGGAAGAGUUUUCGGGAAUGUCAGUUGGUCGAUCAUCAUUCGUCACUCCAUGUGGUCCAAACAGACGGCGUAACAAUAGCAUUAAUUUAAGUCUUCAUACGGUUGCACGUUGUGAUGGUAGUCCACUUCUGGAGGCAAUUAAUUCUCCAAAAGUCAGAGAAUUACGACGCGAACGCGAAAUCAGAACUUUGAGAAGACAGCUAAAUGAGAUCGAGGAUCAACUGAUGAAUUCUGAAUUACAAGUUUCAGAGUCUAGGAACAAAAUCGAGUCACUUGUUGGAGAAAUAGCAAAGAAGAACGAACGUAUCCGUGACUUGGAAUCGAAUGGAAAAUUGUCACAAAGGUCUCAAGCAGAAUUGGAAGCUAAAGUUGUGCUAUUAACAAAACAUUUGGAAGGGUAUCAAUACCAGUGUCAUAGCCAGAAGGAGAGGUUGGCAGCGUAUAAGCUGAAUGUGGAGGGACUGGAGGAGAAGCAAAUGGAUUUGAGUGAACAGCUGGAAACCAAAAGUAGUUCUAUUGCUGCCUUAGAAAGAGAGUUGCGUGAUGUUAAAGAUGAGGCAGUGAAAAGUCUACAGCAAAUGCGUAUAUUAGACAAUGAGCGUAACACUCUUAUGAGGCUACUGGAGGAAGAACGGCAAGCUGCGACAUCAGAAAGAGAACAGUAUCAAAGAGCUAUUUCUGAGUGGCGGAAACGACUAGAGGCCGAAACCGCGAACGCGAUGUCCAUAUACUCAAAUGAAAUGGGAAAGAACGCUUUGCUUCAGCAAGAGAUUCGGGAAAAGACUGAGCAAUUGGAAAAGACUCGAAUUUUAUACGAUUCUGACAAACGUUCUUAUGAAAACACUAUUGAAGAAAUAAAAAGGCGCCUACAAGACAAAUAUGACGGCGCAAUGAAGAGUCUUGCUGAAGCAGAGGCGAAGCUCUCCCAUCAGGAAUCACGGCAUAAAAGUUUUGUUCUUGAACACGAAGCGGUCGUGCAACAGCUUGAAAGUGUUCAUUUGGCGGAAAUUAUCCAACGUGACACGAAGAUAAGUGCUGCUUGUACUCGUAUAGAAGAGUUGGAGGCCAUUAUGAUUGACCGUGAACGCAGUAUACUCGAACAGCGAAAGGAUCUAGCUAACAUAACAAUGGAAAAGGACGCGGCUGAAUUGAAAUUACGCAGUAUACAAAUUGUUCUUGAUAAGAAGGAGGAUCAACUUCAUGAGGCCACUGUGAUGAUCGAAAAGCUAAAGGAAGACCUGGAAUCCAUUGCGUCGAAAUACAACGACACCAACCGCUCUUUAGAAAUCGUACAAGCUGAAUGUUUGGAGUUGAAGUCAACUGUUAGCCGAAAGGGCGUUGAAAUUUCUGAACAUGUUAAAGAUUUGAAAUCGUUAUCUGAAGAGCAUAAUGAAGCGUUGGACGAGCUUAGGCAGACGAAACAAUGUCUUGAGGAGGAGCGAAAACUGCUCAAGUGUCAGGAAUCUGAGGCGAGAGCUAUAAUUGAGGGCUUAAAGGAAAAGGAGCUUUCCGAAGGCACGUGUGAACAACAACGUGAAGAAAAAAAGGCGUUAGAAAGAGAAGAUCUGCUUGGUUUGCUUAAGAAGUUUGAAAAACUGGAGGUAAAAUCAUUGUCGGAGAUUGAUACACCAGUGGAUACUCAUUUGCAUUCGUCGUGGUUAGCUGCUUACCUCUUUACAUUUUUUCAAAAUUCAGAGCAUCUUGAAAAUGAAGAAGAACUACAAUUUUCUGCGAUAAGGACUCAACAUGGAAAAUUGAACGAAAUCUUUACAGCUUAUAUUAUCUACAAUACUAUCUACGUUAUCUACAAUUCAUCGAAUAACUAG